ACUAAGUGGUCCUAAGCUGCUCUUCUGCAAAGGCAAACAACGUGGAAAUAAGGCUGAUGAAAAAUAAAUACUUUCUUAAAGAAAAAAAAAAAAAAAAGACCAUUUGGAAAACUGUUUUCCCUUCCAAAGUGAAUAAGACUGGAAUAAUUCACGAAGCAAUAAGCCACACUAACAUCCAUUUUCCUUUGUCACCAGAUACAUAGAAAACACUGCCAAAGCUGAAGACUUUGAAAAACAGCAUCCUUUUUGCCUUCUUGCUGUGCCAACAGGGAAAGGGAGAUCCAGCUUUCCAUCCCUAUCGUCUUCUGCUUGCCUCCAUGACUGCCCAAGUCUCUGAAGAAAGACAGUCUGCACCCAAGCCAGAAGCAGAGCCACCCAGAAAAGCCCAGUUUAAACAGAUGAAAUGCCAUUGACUUAUAGAUCUUUGGGCAAAGAAGGAGCUGAAGAACCCAGAGAGAUAAUUCCAAGAUGCAUAUUAACUGCAUUACUUCUGGUGACUAUUAUUUAUCUACUAGUUAGUAUUUCCUACCUGACUAUACUGACACGCAGAGAUAUUCUCUCUUCAGGAGAGCCCUUUAAUUACAGAAAAGGAAAUAAGCAAAAACUUGGCAACAUCAGGAUAUUAUUGGAGAAAGGUUGGGUAGUAUUUGGUGCAGGACACUUAUCAAUCCUAGGGCAGAGCAGUUACCUGCAGUCAACUGUGGCCUGGAUGCAGAUGCCUCUCCUAUAUCUUGUCAGAAGUGUUGCUUUCCUGGUACCUGGAGAAAAUGCCAUGAGUCAGUGUGGAAUUUCAGUUGUGACUACAGACAGAUGUACCAAAGAGACCAGCGUCUCCGAGAUUGACAUGACUGACCUUGCUGGCCAGGUGGGGAGCCCUUUCUACCCAAGCAUGUGGCUCCAUCCUAAAAAUGCUUGCUCAGCUAAACAGGAUGCCCUUGCAAAAGAUGGAGAGAUGGGAGAGAAGAGAAGGUGUUCCGGUGCUGUGAAGAAAGGAGAACCUGAGAGGGUGAGGUUUUGGAUCAAGACACUGAAGGGGCUGUCACCUGAGGAGCUGAGGUCCUUCGGGUCUGACAGGGAUGGGACAAACCACAGCCACAACGCAGGCUUGAAAAACAACCAGGCGCUGAACUUUAGAAGUUACCUGGCUUUUCUGAACUCUGUUUCUUCACCUAUCAAAUGGAUACAGAAUCCAUGCUUUCGGGUUGAUGUGGGGAUUAAACAAGUGGAGGAAAGUGAAGAGCCAGCACUCCUAUGGAGGAGCUACUCCAUAAUGUUACCUUUUCUCUUCUCCCUUUUACCCACCUACUUCAGCGAUAAUCUGAUUCAGCAGGCUAAAGACUUUGGUUCUUACUGUCUACACCAGAAUAGUCUCAGCGAAUACACUGGCAUCAGCCAUCAGAUUUUGUAAUUACUCGGAUUUUAAUACAUAUACCAAUUUCUGUAAAACCAGGACGUCUCCCUCCAUUUUUGCUUAAUUUACUGCAUUUCUUACGGUGAUAAAGCUUUCUUACUCCCAAUCCCUUGCACUGUUCUUUAUUGCCCUCUCUGGUUUCCACUCCACGUGCCCCUGGUUUACAAUGGCCACCUGACAUCAAGAUUACUGCUGUGAGCUCUUAAAUUGAAUCUCCCAAGCUCCCUUCUCCUCAUGCACUCCCUGCCUCAAACUCAAUCUUUCCUAAGAAUUAUUUGGAAUCUUGGAGUCACUGACAGUUGUAGGCAGAUUAAAAGGACUUUGCUAAAUUUGUAAUGUUUUACUACUGACAGAAUGGCUCUCAUGGACAUUAUCUCUUAACUUGAGCAAAUAUUCCCAUUUCAUAGAUGAAGAAACUGAGGCCCAGAGAAGUAUGUUUAUGUUUUCUAUGCUUUCAAGUACUUGACUGAAGAUUCAGACAUGACUCUUGGCCUCAUUCAUUUUCCUAAAGCUCCACAAUCAGAUCUCCCAAGGUCCUUCAAGAUUUUUUUCCCAGCCUAAAUUCCGGCCUUAUCUUCAGGUAUUCUAGUACUGCAGCCAAACCGGUUUACUCCUCACCCAUAUGCUUUUAUUUAAAUACAGGAAUCUGUAGUUCAUUAAUUUUCCCUCCUGGCCCAGAACGCCCAGCCACCUCAACACUGUUUGCUAGCAUCUCACUGGCUU